ACUUAACUAUUUGCUCUAGGUACCUUCUAAUUUACUAUCUUUCAAUUUUAAAACUGUCAGGUUACCUGCCUCUCUAUAAAGCAGGUAAUACCUUUCUCAGCUGGGCAGUUGAUGCUAAAGAAGGGACAAGUCAGAGACAAUUUCAUCUCAAUACCGUCUGAAACCAUCACAACCUUUUUCUGAGUACCUGUGGCUUACAUGUAAUCAGUGUAUCACUAAUCAUUUCUUGUUUGAUAUUCUAUUCUAGGGUAAGGAGAUAACAGAUGAUAUCACAAAACAUGUUCAAUAUGCUGCUCAUCAGUUGUUAGAUAGUGUUGGAGGUGAGCAUGUUGGUAGUGAUAUCACUAAAGGAGAAUCUGUUGUGACUAUGGAUGUGUGGGAUUUUGCUGGACAACACCUGUACUAUGCCAGUCAUCCUAUGUUCUUAUCAUCACGUGCGGUGUACAUUUUGGUACACGACCUCAGCAAGCCAUUACAAGCCCCAGCUCAGCCUUGUGUUAGACAAGGAACUUCUGAAAUUUAUUUGGCAAACCCAAACAAUGAAACAAAUCUGGACAAUUUGCUAUCAUGGCUUGUUACAGUUCAUGGCAUAGCACAAGUCAAAAAAGAAACAGAUAUUGAUGCUCAAAAUCUGCCCUAUCUGCAUCCUCCAGUGUUCAUUGUAGGCACACAUGCUGACAAACCAGCUGAAGACAUUGCAGAGAUGAAAUCACAAAUACAGGCGAGAAUUCUUGGUGCAGAAUAUGGGAAGCAUGUGGUCCCACCACUCUUCAGCAUUGAUAACAGGUGCUCAAACAUUUGGAAUAAGAUGAAGAGAUUUGUUAGUCAGGGUCUAAAGAAACGAAAUCAUCAAACAGGUAUUAAACUACUAAUGUAUGGCCAUUUAACAUGUAGCAAGCAUCAUCAAGUUAUCAUGCACCCAGGAAGUUUGGAGAGCAGAAAAGGUGCAGCCGAGACCAAGUCUAGCUUUUUUAGUGCUCUUCAAACUUCCCAGGAAGGUACAUCAUAACUCAAUUUUGCACAGCUAAAAGUAUAAAUCAAUUGUGUUGAAGCAUUGUCAAUGGAAAACAUUUCUCUAGUGAAGCAAGAUUAACUUUGCUCAGUUGCCACAAGUGUGCAUCAGUGGUUUUAUUAUGCAUGCUUAUGUCUUCUGAGUUUGAUAGCAUAGCUUUACUGGCUAUGUUAUAAGUAAAAUUGAUUCAUUAUUGAUAAUAUAUAACUACCACGUUAUUUUACAUAUUGACUAAAGUCGCACACGCUUUUAACUCGUUUCGGAUCUUCC